AUGAUGGCUCGUCAUGAAAACCCCUUUGACAUGCAGAUUAAGCUGUUGAUGAUCGGCGAUAGUGGGGUCGGGAAGACGUGUUUGCUGCUGCGCUACGCGAAUGACUCAUUCUCUCCAACGUUUAUCACGACCAUUGGCAUUGAUUUCAAGAUCAAAAACAUAGAGCUGGACAACAAGAAGGUCAAGCUACAGAUCUGGGACACAGCUGGCCAGGAGCGUUUUCGUACCAUUACGACGUCGUACUUCCGCGGCGCGCAGGGUAUUUUAUUGGUCUAUGACGUCACAGAUCGUGCGUCCUUCCAGAGCAUCCGAAACUGGGUAGGUCAGAUCCAGCAGCACGCCGACGUGCACGUAAAUAAAAUUCUCAUUGGCAACAAGUGCGAUAUGACGGAUGACAAGGUCGUAAGCACAGAGGAGGGUCAGGCAUUAGCGGACGAGUAUGGUGUAAAGUUUUUUGAGACGAGUGCGAAGAACAACAUUAAUGUGGAAGGAGGCUUUAUCGAGAUCGCACGCGAAGUGAAGAACAGACUUAUGGAAGAAGGUGGACCCCACAAAAAGGACAACGUCAACCUUAAUGCAAAAGCAGCACCUGUGAAGAAGGGCUGUUGCUAA